CACUGUGCUAUUCCCUACCAGCAACCACUCGUGAUAACACUAGCCUUGUUAACGCUGCCGGUUACAGCUCUCGGACGUUGCAGUAAGGACAGCGUUUCCCUUUUGUCGACUGCGACAGGCAGCGCCUCUUCAAGCCCCGAAAGGCCUGUCAUCCUCAGCGAGUCUUUGCCAACUUUCCAGAUUGACACUUUCCGAACUGCACUGGAAAACCUUUCUGUCCAGAGUCUCACAUCCUCCAACUUUGAGCAAAGAUGAAUCGCUGCUAGACGUUUCUUCAUAGCCUACCUGUGUUUGUAUAAUACUUCUAUUCCUUUCUCGCGCGCCGCGGACACAGCCGCUGGAGAUUCUUCGCGUCGCCUAAUUAGUUCACCAUGUUGUCCGAUGUGCCGAACGCAUCAUGGCAUCCUGCGCUGAUGCCGAAUUCGACUGCCGACCUCACGCCACAAGCCACGACGUCCAGUCCCGCGCAGCAUAGAGUCGAAGAAGACCGAGUAUUACCAGCAACGAAUACCGAGCAGACACAGGACGACCAGCACGAAAGGUUGGGGUCCGAGUCCUGGCUUCCAGAUGCCGGUGCCAACGGCAAUUGGAUGGAGGGCGGCGCAGAAAAUGCGCCUGCCGCAGUACCCGAAGAACCUGAGUCAAGUACGGUCGCUAGGCACUCAGCAAGAAUGUCGUUCGCGCGGACCGUGUCCCACGAAGUGAAUUGGAACGAUGACGACGACGUUGACUGGGACCUUCCGCAAACCGGCACCGAUCCGUCCAAGUUCCUCCCAGACACCGGCCGGACGAACUCUUUCCCACCCGCCCCUCCCCUGCAGCAAGAGCCCUCACACGAGCUAGAGCAGCCCCUUCCUGCCAACCAAACCGAGGAAUUGCUUCGUGAAAUUGAGCAGGAAGAGAAUGAAGAGAGCAUGGCAUUUCCUGAUGGUACCUCCGGGAGUAUUUCAGCUAACGCCAGCGGAUAUCCUGACGGACAAGUCACAGGGGACAAUUCCGACUCUCACAGAUACGCUGACGGUGGUUUUAAUGGAACCCGUGAUGAUGCCCAGCAGGCUCGCUAUGAAGAAGGGGUCCCAUUGAUGUCGUCGACAGACAACGCUGCCGCCCAAGUGAGCUCGGGCGACGGCGGCCACGACCUGUUUGGGGACGCAACAGCCGGUGAAGAUGAUGAUUUUUUUGGCAAUGUCCGAGGUAACCCUGCUAACGAGGAGGAUAACUUCCAACCACCCCCGUUUGAAAGGAAAUCCACCAUGGAUGUGUUGAAUGGUCUGAAUAUGGGCCCGGCUGGCUCUGGAUUUGUUCCCUUGGAGGGUACUGCUGAGGAGACAGAGACUGAAGGAGGCGUGGACCAGCCGCAUGGAAUCCAACACCUGCAGACCGAGACUACCCAGCCCACUGAGACCGCCGAAAACGCGCAGUCAGCAGCAGAUGGGGAGAAUCUGGAUGAGAAGUGGAAGGCAAUGUUUGCUGAUGCCGACGACGAGGAUUUUCUCCCGGAUGAGGAAUCUGAACCGAAAGAGGUAGACCCGACUGCGUUUCUCGGUAGUGACGAUGAAGGCCUACUAGAUGAAUCCGAGGUUGAACAGACCGACGCAACGGAUCCCCUUGUAACCUCUGGGUCGCAGACGGUCCCAAGCAUACCGGCAGUCAACCAGCAGUAUUUUCCCGCCACGACGCCUAGCGUGCCUACUCCCUCCACGAAUCCUUACCUUCCUGCCGCAUCACCGAUGACAGCUGCAACCGCAAACCUGAACCCCUAUCUACCAGCAAGCGGGCCGAUCGCGCCGGUACAACCUCCCGUCCCAUCGCCUUUCACAGCGUCGUCGGCCGCACCCUUGGCGCCCGCGCAGCCUGUAUAUGGCAGGCCUCCUCUGCCUCAGGAGAAGAACAAGGCCCAGAGUUUCGCAGAUAAGUCUAAGGGAGGCUACACAUCACCGUACGAUCUCCCUAUGGAGGUCGUCAAACCUAAGAAGCGUGCAAGCACGCAGCCGCUCAGGAACACGUCUGCGCCUAUCCCAUCUUCUUCGGCCAUGCCACCACCACCUCGAAGUGCAAGCUCGCAAUCCCAUCCUCCACCACCAAGCAGCGGCCCGCAUCCUCCACCUCCAAACAGCGCACCAAUUCCUGGUAUGCCGCGGCCGGGGCCCAGUCACUCGACACAAGCAGCCACGGCCGUACGCAAACCAGCCCAUGAGAGCUUCUUUGAAGAGCUUCCUGUGACCACAAAGGCCCGGCCCGCAUCUAGGUCAAGCCAUAAAAGCCAGCCUUCCCCAACGCAAACGAGCGCUUACGCACCGCCGCCCCAUUCAGCGCCUUUCAUUCCUCCCGCGGGACCGCCAACUCGAAGCGAGCCCGAACCAGAUAUCCCCAACUUGGUUGCCCCACCGCGUGUCAAUCCCUAUGCUUCGCUGACUAACCCUACGGUCCCGUCUGCGGUGCCCCCUACAACCUCGACGCGUUAUUCCCCUGCACCUGCUAGCGUUCCUCAUGCGAAUGCGCCUGUUCCAGCCCCUGCUUCGAACCGGUAUUCUCCUGCACCGUCAGUUUCCCGGCAGCCCAGCAGCAGCUAUGGACCAGCUGCCGCUGUCCCUGGUCCCCCCCUCUUGCCUCAUAUGCCGCGCACCUCUAGCCCCUUGGCUCACUUCGAGAUAUCGCAUGAGAAAUCCCGAGCCCCCGCGCCGGCGCAUACCGCAGAAGGCAGUUUGCCAGAGCGACGGAGCAGCAGCUCUCUAUACGAUUCACGCCUUCAUAAAGUUCCGGCUCUCCCUCCGACUAGGGAGGUUGAGGAGGAGGAAGUACCUUCCCAAACGCAGUCAUCACCCGGGCAAGCGCAAUCUUUCCAGCCCACCUCACCGCCCGAUUCGAGAUAUGCACCGUUGCCGCAGAAGGCGAGGCAGACGCCUCCGCCACGGCCACUGCCCCCUUCCACGCAGACCUUGUUGUCACCUCCCAAACGGACCAUGUCUAGUCACAGUCCACUAGCGUCCUCGUACGAGUUUGCCCUACCACCUCGCUCUCAGACCCAGUCUCCCGGGACAUUGUAUGGCAAUCGGACUGCGAAGCCCGCUGAUCCAGUCCCUCGUCCAUCAUCAGCCAAUGCCCCAACGUCUCCACGAACUUCAGGGCAUGCUACAGCUGCGAUUCCACCUGCCCCCGCACCAUUCGCACCCACCACGGGCUCCUCGCGGUCUAGGGGGUUUUCUUUGAACCUCAAUGUAAUUCCUCCCACGGAUGGCCGAGAACUAGAUCCGCUUCAGAGGUGGCGAGGCGCACCCCUCGUCUCUUGGGGUGUCGGGGGCACUUUUAUUACCAUGUUCCCGAAGGAAGUGCCUCGGUAUGGCAUGAAUGAAAGCACCCCUUCUGUGGUUCGCAGCCCUGGAGAGGUCAAAGUCCAGAAUAUCAAGGAUAUCACCCCUCUCGAGGAGCGUCUCGCAAAGUUUCCAGGACCUCUCAAAGGCAAGUCCAAAAAGAAGGAGACCAUUGCCUGGUUAACAACGGGCAUUGAGAGUUUGGAGCGAGGUCUGCCAAAGAGCCUUUUUAUCCACCCUCAGCUGUCUCAUGACGAUAAGCGGGCAGUAGAGAGAGUCCUUCUGUGGAAGAUACUCCGACUCUUCGUUGAGUCAGAUGGGGUCCUCGAAGGAAAUCCGACCGUCGAAAAGGCCGUACGGGAUAUCCUGACGCCGGGGCUUGAGACAUCGGAGAACACGUCACCAUAUUCGAAUGGUGUGACUGGCCUUGGGCUAAGCAAUUCGUUAGCAAGUGCCGCACCCGAUGCGGUCAACUCUUCCACAGUCGAGCAGAUCCGCCGACAUCUCCUGGCCGGUGAGUGCGAAAAGGCAAUCUGGGCUGCGGUCGACCAACGCCUAUGGGGUCACGCUCUCUUGCUUGCCAAUGCUCUCGCGCCCGCUCUCUACAAGCAGGUUACCCAGGAAUUUGUGAAAAAGGAGGUCAACCUCCCUGGCUACAGCAAUGAGCCACUUGCUACACUGUACGAAGUCCUUUCCGGAAACCAUGAGGAGAGCGUCGAUGAGCUAGUGCCAGUUCAUGCCCGUGCCGGUCUUCAGCUCAUCGCCAAAGAUCCGGUAUCAGGACCCUCGAAGGAUGGCCUCGAAGGCCUUGACAAAUGGCGCGAGACUCUCAGUCUCAUUCUCAGCAACAGGAGCGCAGACGAUGCCCGAGCGAUAAGCUCACUUGGUGUCCUGCUCUCUGGUUAUGGUAGAGCAGAGGCGGCCCAUAUCUGCUUCAUGUUCGCUCGCAGCCACAGCGUAUUCGGCGGCCUGGAUGAUCCGGCAUCCAAUUUUGUUCUCGUCGGGUCAGACCAUCAGAGACAAGCUGAGCAGUUUGCCAAGGAGAUUGAGCCUCUCUUGCUGAGUGAGGUGUAUGAAUAUGGCCAGAGCCUGGCCGGUGGCUCCAACGUGCCGGUCACAAACCCGCACUUGGCUGCAUAUAAGCUGCAACAUGCUUUUGCUCUGGCCGAGUACGGUUUCAGGGACAAGGCUCUGCAGUACUGUGAUGCGAUUGCCGCAGCGAUCACAUCGCAGACAAAGAGGUCUCCGUACCAUCACCCUAUCCUCGAGAAUGCAGUUGAAGAUCUCAUGAAACGGUUGAAGCAAGCUCCGAAGGAGGAAUCCAACUCCUGGAUCCCCAAGCCAAACAUGAACAAGGUCUCGGAUAGCGUAUGGAGUCGCUUCAACAAGUUUGUUGCUGGAGACGACAAUGACAGCUCGGGCCAAGGAUCCCCAGCCGACGGAGAAACUGGUCCAUUCGCCCGAGUGGCAGGAGGCACACCGACCAUCAGCCGGUCGCCCUCCGUCAACAAUCUGGAGACAUUCGGUGCUGCAGUUCCGAGCUACGGCAUGCCGUCCCACCUGCCCAAUCUUCCUGCGGCGACUUCGGCGCCGCCUACAAGGGCUGCGUCUCGCUAUGCGCCUGCGGCACCUCAACCGGCAGGAACUAGCAGCAAGUCCUAUAGCUCAACUUCCGCGUAUGCGCCUCGGUCAUCGAUGGAGCGGACAUCUAGUGAGAUGAACAGGAGCUCCUUCGAGUUACCUAGGAGGUCCCUCGAACUGAAGUCUGGGAAUUCUGGCGUUUACAGUCCGGUCAGGAGCGGUUCCCCAGCCGCUAUGUAUACGCCUUACAGUGCCGAAUUCAGUUCUCCCCAAGGGUUGCCGUACCACCCGCUUUCCCAGUCGACGCCGCCUCAAACAUCUGCCCGUCAGCACUCUGUUAGCUAUCCCGACGCUUCUACUAACGGAGUCCCUGCCGAUUCCAGCUUGCCUACCCCGCCUUCUAGUAGCCAGGCAUCCCGGGCACAGGACCAAGCCCCUGGUACUCUCGGCUAUCAACCCACUUCGUAUGGAUAUGAGCCUCCUUCGUUCAAUCCUCACGAAGCCCCUGUAGAGGACAAGAAUGAAAAUUCAAACGAGGGUAUAGACGGCAACUCGUAUGAACCCCCUUCGUACCAGCCAUACAGCUAUGAACCGCCAUCGUAUGAGCCGGAGCCUCAAGCCGACAACGGAAAUGAUUCUGGCGAAGAAUCAAAGCCGAAGCCUAAAAAGAAGGGAAUCAUGUAUGACGAUGAGGACGACUUUCCCGCACCGAAGCCCGCCGAGAAGACCAAGGAAGAAAAGGACCGUGAGAACGCCGAGUUGUUCCGCAAGGCUGCAGAGGAGGAUGCCAAACGCGCUGCUGAAGCGGCAAAGCAAACCAAGAAGGGGUGGGGUUUCACCAGCUGGUUCGGAGUUGGGGCGAAGAAAGACACUUCGCAAGAAUCUAGCCCAAACAAGCCUAUCCGCGCCAAGCUGGGCGAGGCCAACUCGUUCUACUAUGACCCCGAACUCAAGCGCUGGGUUAACAAGAACGCCAGCCCUGAGGACAACGCCAAGAUAGCGACUCCUCCUCCGCCAAAGGCAGCGCCCCGCUCCAGCAGCUCCAGCCCGGCGCCACCGCGCUCCCCAGCCUUGUCGCCGUCGGGCGGCAAUGAAACAGGCCGCGCCAGCGCCCCUCCAGCCGGACCGCCGCGCUCAACGUCUGCGACACUCAGCCCGCCGCCGUCGGGUGGGCUCGCUUCAUCAUCACUGGACUCCGGCCUCGCUGCUGGCGGUGGUGCACCUCCGCCCGGGUCUGCGGGAAUGUUGCGCUCGGUGUCAAAUACCAGCAGCGCAAGCGCGCCGCCGUUGUCGGCGCCGAACAGGCCGCCUACCAGCCUGAGCAACUCGAGUAGUAUCGACGAUUUGCUUGGUGCGGCAGGACCCAGGAGACCCGGGGCGGCCAAGAAGCCCAGGAAGAGCGCGCGCUACGUGGAUGUCAUGACUAAAUAGUAGGAUUGAUGCGCGGUGGCAGCAUGUGCGAAUCCUGCUGCUUGAAGUGAAUAAGGGGCACGAAAUAAAAGAAAAACGAAAAAGAAAAAACACCAAAUACAGCGGUUGCUGGCGUUGGAGGGGACUGGGAUGAAGAGACUUGUAAAAUGUAGAGUACACACUUACCUUGUUGUAAUAAUUCGCCUGCCAGAUUUUCUCACUCAGGCUGAGAUGGGGAGUUAGGUUAUGGAGAUGGACCAGUCAAGUGCUGGAAACUGGACUCUGUAUAACGGCACUCAACGAUACAUCAUGGAGAUGAGCAUGGGAUAUGCGAUAGGAUUACCGAGUAGGAUAGCAGGCAAUCAACGGGUUCGAUUAUUGUUCCAUCUGGUUUUGCGAGAGCAAGGGAAGGUGGGCUGUCAAGUAUGCAGGAUGGCCACGCGAUAAAGGUUGUAGACACCUAUGACUUGAG